AUGAUGUGCAAAGAUCCGAGAGGACCCUUGAAACCAGAAAUUACCAUAACUUACAUUGCUGUUUCAGCUAUAUUCUUUAACAGUGGACUCUCCUUAAAAACUGAGGAGCUGACAAAUGCUUUGAUGCAUGUGAAACUACACCUUUUUGUCCAGAUUUUUACACUUGUGUUCUUCCCAACAGCAAUAUGGCUCUUUCUUCAGCUGUUAUCAAUCACACCUAUAAAUGAAUGGCUUUUAAAAGGCUUGCAGACAGUAGGCUGCAUGCCACCUCCUGUGUCUUCUGCAGUAAUAUUAACCAAAGCUGUUGGUGGAAAUGAGGCAGCUGCUAUAUUUAAUUCCGCUUUUGGAAGUUUUUUGGGCAUUGUUAUAACUCCACUUCUGCUUCUGCUUUUUCUUGGAUCAUCCUCCUCUGUGCCUUUUACAUCUAUAUUCUCGCAGCUGUUUAUGACUGUUGUAGUCCCCCUUAUUAUUGGACAGAUUGUCCGAAGAUACAUCAAGGACUGGCUUGAAAGGAAGAAGCCUCCAUUUGGCGCUAUCAGCAGCUGUGUGCUCCUGAUGAUCAUCUACACAACAUUCUGUGAUACUUUUGCCAAUCCAAAUAUUGACCUUGAUAAAUUUAGCUUGAUUGUGAUAGUGUUCAUAAUAUUUUCUGUUCAGAUGAGCUUCAUGUUUUUGACUUUCCUCUUCUCUACAAGGAAUAACUCUAGUUUCACACCAGCAGACACAGUGGCUAUAAUUUUCUGUUCCACACACAAAUCCCUCACCCUGGGGAUUCCAAUGCUGAAGAUAGUAUUUGCGGGUUAUGAGCACCUGUCCUUAAUUUCCGUCCCCUUACUCAUCUAUCAUCCUGCUCAGAUUCUUCUUGGCAGUCUGUUGGUACCAACAAUAAAAUCUUGGAUGGUUUCUAGGCAAAAGGCACUGAAGUUAACCAGGCAGCCCAAAGCGCCCGUGAAGGUAUAAUUGUGGAGAUGGCCUGUGUCACAGUGAAUGUAUAUAUGUACUAUACUGUACACACGGACAAUUGAAACAACUGGGUAUUUGUGAAUGUUGCUUUGGUGCAUAUUUUAUUUUUUUAUAUAUAUAUAUUAAAAAGAUACCUGCUAAGUGCCUUACAGAUGCAUUUUUGGCAAAAGCAUUGUUUCCAGAAGCCACUUUGUUGGUUACUGCAAGAGGUUGUACAGUAUUUUGGAGUCCUUUAGUUUUUAUUUUUCUAACCGAGUGAAUGGUCAUGACUAACAGCUGUUUCUUCCAUUGCCCCUGCUUUGAAGCCAGGGUGCACCAGCUGUAAGUCUCUGUUUUAAACUAGCCAAAAUGAAGCCUAUCCCACUGCUGGCUUACCCUGGGGAAGAGCUUUCUGAAGGUUUUUUUCCAAGAUUGACUUGAAUUUCUGUGUGACUCUGUUACACUCCCUAGUCAUAUGACUGUGACAUGCCUUUUUCUUCUGAGUUUGUGUAUGCUCAGCAUGGGGCCAUCCAUUGGAUGGAAGCUGAGAAGCAUGAAUUAUUUGCAUUUGUUGACACAGUUGUCUAGACAUUCCUUCAAAGUUAAUGGUUUCUCAAGAAAAUUCUUUCAAUUCCAUUGUAUGAUAUUGUGCCAUUGUAUAUCUUAAAUGCCUCAUAAGCUUCUUCAAAGAAAUGGUCUGGUGCUUGGGUUAGGAGUGAAGUAUUUGUGUUUGCAGCUAGGAGAUCUUUUAUAAUUUACCCCUGAAGAACACAAAUUUUUGGUUUCCUUUUUCUUUUCCUUCCCCCAGUGCAAUGCAUAGAGAUCUGCAGUGACAGAAUUUAGGAUGCUAAUAUUGAAACAGAGCCUUUAUUGCAGUAAGCCAAGCUAUGUUUUCUAUAUUGCUGUGCUGGUAAUGAAUAAUAGCUUGUGAGGAUAAGAGAGUUGACAAUUUUUUUUUUCCAAUUAAAAGGAUCAUUAUAGUAACACAAACACUAUCUUAGCUAAUUUGACAAUCAGUCGCAACUUUUUAAAAAAUCAAAUGUUACUCUUUUU